CUUUGCACUUUUUUGCUGUGUUGCUUCAGGAUGACGUCAUGCUCGUUGUGUCGAAUGUCGGCAGGGUAGGAGGCCGCUCUGCGCUCAUCCGGACCACAAAACUUCUCCACAGCACCGAAAAGGUCGUCGAUAGCCUACCGGUAAAGUGACGCUCAGGAAAAUCCUCUCCCAUCCCCCCUUACCCUCUCUGUUGGAGCAUGGCUCAGGAGACCAAUCAGACCCAGGUGCCGAUGCUUUGCGCUAUGGGAUGCGGUUUCUACGGUAACCCGCGCACCAACGGCAUGUGCUCGGUCUGCUACAAGGAACAUCUACAGAGACAACAGGGAGGGGGGAGAUCGAGUCCCCUGGGGGAGAAAGCUGCUACAUCACCUGCGGGAAUGCCAGAAUCCUCCCACAUCAUGGCAGAGAGCUCAGACCCUCCACCCACCACGGAAGCAGCCCGGACCUCGCCUGAGGAACCAACAACAUCCAGUGUCAGUCCCAGCUCUGCCAGCCCAGUAACUCAACAGAUGACGGCCAUGAGUAUUUCCCAGGACUCAGGAGCCGUCGACUCGGAUCGAGCAGAGGCCGAGGACGCUGAAGACGAGGGGCCAUCCAGCACUUCGGAGCCAGCAGAAGAAGCUGCGCAGGCCUCUGAUGGUGAGCAAACGCCUGACAAAAACAAGAAAAAGAACCGCUGCUUUUCGUGCCGGAAGAAAGUUGGCCUCACCGGUUUCGACUGUCGCUGUGGCAACCUGUUUUGUGCCAUCCACCGUUACUCCGACAAACAUGACUGUCCCUACGAUUACCGGAGCGCGGCGGCGGCCCGCAUACGCAAGGAGAACCCCAUCGUGGUGGCCGAGAAAAUCCAGAAGUUAUGAAGACUUGGAGUACGACAAAAAAGAAAGAACACACGCAGUCUUUUUUUUUUUUCUUUUUUUUUUUUUUGACAAGUAACAAGAAUGGUGACACCUGAUUAUCAUGGCUUCAUUUGUUCAUCUUAAAAGAAAAAGUGUGGGGGGGCCAGGAGUGAUGCAGUCGCAGCCACUGUCCAGACGCUUCCCUUACUAGCAUCCCUUUUCUCCACUAGUGACUGUGUGCAGAUGAGUGUUUUCUGAAUGACUGUGUGCGUGGAGACAGAAGCAGGUGGACUUGCUGUGGGGAGCCAAGGCAUUUUUAGUGUUCUCAUAAAAUCCCUGUGAGGGCGCUGAUGAGGUCAAUUUAGAAACAUUUAACACCUGAGAGGGAGAUGUCAUCCAUCCCAUCAGCGAGACCUUUUUAAGGGCUUCAGGUUCCUUUUUCUCCUGCAGUCAAAAUGAUGUCAACUUGUGAAAUUGACCCCAGCCCCUCCCAUCACCGCACACCUCCUCAAUUGGGUUCGCCACACUUUGGACUUUCCUCAAGCAUUUUCCAGGCAAUGUUCACUCUUUGGUAUAAUGACUUAUCCCGGGUGCAUGAACAGUUAUUGGAUGGGGUGGGGGGUAACAGAGUGAUUGAAUAUGUAUGUUUCCCCCCCUCCCCUGUUUUAAUGAGCGUAUGACUUCAGAAGAUCUAUAUUAAUAUAUUGUAGUUAGCUCGUGUGAUUGCAUUCUAUUUAUUUUUUAUUGUUUUGGUGGGUUCCGCUGGAAAAUUGUGGCGGCAUGUGUCGGCAAAUCAUGAGGUUUGCACUCGUUUUUAAACCGAAUACCAUCAUGAUUAUACAUAGCCGUUGUAGAAGCGCGGAGGUGUGAUACGCAAGCUUGUGAGGAUUUGGGAAACGAAGCACAACAAACCGCGUGUUGCACCGGCUCAGUUUUGUUCAGCAUCUGGGUCAUUUUCUACUUCAUCCUUACAGGUAGGGCUGUCUCGAACGGCUUCUUGUUUUGUGUGAAGCUCCAAAGCACCAGCAGACCGCUGACACAUGCUGAAUGAAAACUGACCUCGGUCGACGCAGUCAAUUCAGAUUGUUGCUGUUGUCGCUUCUUGAAAACAUUUUGAAAUUAUUAUGCAUGUGUGCCGCCUGACGUGAGCUAUACUGAAGAAGUUGCACGGCUGCAACAUAGAGGUCCAAUCCCAUCAGUUUCCCGUCACGUGUACAUAACAUACGGCUCAGACAAUAAAAGGGUUUCAAGUGAUGAUUGGUGUGUAAAAGUGCUUUGCAUAACUCAAAUGUUCACAUUUACUGCCGCUUUCGCCCCAAAGUGACUCCAAAAUGAUCGAAAUAAUCCCACUUAGUGUUAUGACCAUGUAUUUGUAGCAUAGUGAUACUGCCCACUUGAGAUCAUAUUUCCUGUAUCAAAAUGCAUUUUUCCAGCAAGUCAACAGAGGAUGUUUUAGGGGACCAGCUAAAUCUACUGCUGUUGAGGAAUUGGCCUUUUAUGUUGAUGGGACAAUUUGGAAUAACAGUUCAAUACAAUGCAGAUUUGGUGGGUGUGUUCUCUUGACUGCUCAUAUUAACCCCCUUUAAAAAAAUAUAUACAUAUAAAAGUUGUUUGAAUGUAAACCGCCGCGAUUUAUACAGUAAACUACAAUAUUGUGUAUUUAAUCAUACUAAGGAAGCCCUGAUAUUGACCAGGUCUGAGCGGGAAUGGAAACCCGUUUUUUUUUUUUAGUUUUUUUUUUACCUGAGCUCUUGUACUGACUGUUAGGCUUUUCCAAUAUGAAUUUCCGUCUCUGUUCCUUUUGUAAUAGAUGAAAUCAUCAUGCAGUGCUAUAAUUGAUGAUGACAAUGGCAAAGCUGAUGACUGAAGAUACAGGAAGACAAGUUGAUUUAUUUUGGAAAUCUUCAAUAUCCACAACAAGCAGUAGUUUUUCUCAUCCCAUCGGCACUCCAGACCACCCCUUUCCCCCUCCAGAAAUACCACCAGAUAUAAUUUUUAUUUUAUUUUACUUUUCAAGAUUUUAGAAUUGUAUGACAUGUUUAAAAGUACAAAAACCAAUAAAAUCACAAAGUUUAUUUUA